AUGUCCUCCAUCUUUACGUUCCAGGACGAGCUACCUCGGAUCCAGAGUCCAUGGUCGACUCCUGGGACAUCGACUCCACAAACCCAACACUCACUACAUCUUGGUAAUGUUCCAGGCGCGAAUGCCGAUGGGAGGAGUAGACUCGAGCCCGAGAAGCAAGAUGGACCGUGCGAAUACAAAUUGCACCUCCUGCUCCGCCCCAGGCGGCACUUUGUGUCUACGUCCACGGCCUCGGUUGGCAGUACUGCACCGCUACCACUACGUCCCGCUCCCAUCGCUGCCCUGUCCACCAGCGGAAGAUCAGUCAGCGACACAUUUUUGCGGCGGGCAUCAUACCAACCAUCGCCACAGACGAGACAAGCACGACUACAGCAGCUGACCACUCAGCUACUUUGGAGGCUUCAACAGUCCUCGCCUUUCCAUUCCUCUUCUAACGCUGAAUUGGUCCUUCCGUUGCUCCCGGAAGCAACGCCUCGCCUGGGCGUUCCUGACCGCCCAGCAAGGCUUUUGCCGGGUCUCGAGGAGAGCCAAGGGGCUCUAUACGAGAUCGGCGUUGCGGAUGAUGGCACCUUGGUCGGUCUUAUAGAGGAUGAGUUGGAGGAGAGCUUGAAUAAUUUGCGCGCCAUGGCAGCUAGUCUGGGAUGUGUUGUCGACAUACUCCGGAAAGUUGUUGUUGGCGACUGCGUCUGGUCGACCACUUCCGAUGAGCAAGACCCUGUGCAGCACGAAGCAACGCUAUACGCCGCCGAAGUCCUUGUUCAACCAGACAGUCGCAGCUCUCCAGCGAAGGGCGUAAUAGGAGACCAGGCACAGACUUCGCAACAUUCGUCAGAGGCUGCGCGGCCAGUCUCGGCGACGGAGCAAUUACGUGUGGUCCUCACAGGGUCAUCCGCGGCAGGCAAAUCUUCAUUGCUUGGUACAUUGACGACUUCUUCUCUUGAUAAUGGUCGCGGUAAGAGUCGAUUGUCGCUCUUGAAGCAUCGACACGAGAUCAGUUCCGGGAUCACCAGUUCUGUGGCACACGAACUCCUCGGGUACAAAACCGGUGACGCACCUGACUUUGUCGUGAACUAUUCCUCCGGGGAUGUGUCGACUUGGACGGAUAUCCAUGGCCUGGCUGACCGUCUUUGCUUCGCCUUAGACUCGCCGGGAUUGGCAAGAUUCGGUAAGUCUACCUACCGAGCUCUGAUCUCAUGGAAGCCGGACUGGACCUGCGUGUGUAUUGCAGCAGACGACGUUGACGUUGGCACGACCCCACAGCCGUUGGUCAAUGAAACCUUCGCUGACUCGUCGCUCGCACAUCUUGACUUGUGUCUCAAGCUCGGCCUCAGCAUCGUGGUAGUCAUCACGAAAAUGGACUUGGCUACCAAGACUAGACUGCGCACCAUUCUUGCCAGGAUCUUGACCUGCUUAAAGGGCGCAGGUAAGAAGCCGGUACUGCUAAGUGUUGGCCCCAUGCCUACAUCGACAUUCUCCCUGGACUCGACCGAGCCUCUCCUGGACACCCAACACGUCACGACGGACGAGAGUACAGAAGUGGACAGCGUCGUAACUUCGCUGCAAGCAGAAACUGAUGAAACACUAUCUGUCCCUAUUGUCAUGACAAGCACUGUAUCCGGUUCUGGUAUAGGUAAGCUACAUCGGCUGCUAAGUCGACUGCCUAUAAGGUCAAAGGAUGUGGCCCCAAUGAGCGAUCGUUGGGGUGAGACCAAGCAGUUCCAGGUCGAUGAGGUGUUUAGUAUCCCCCCUGUACGAAUAUACAAUGCGGAACAUGAAGCUAGAGCUGAGUUUCCAAGUGGUGUCGUACUGUGUGGGCGUGUUGAUCGCCAAAGCAUCACAGUUGAUGAUAGCAUGUUUCUCGGACCUUUCUCGAAUGAGCUGACGACCAAAGUCACGGCCCCGCGCUCCAAGUCGCUGAGUGCUCAAGAUCUGCGUCGACCUUCAUUCUCCGCAGACCAUAUGCCGUUUAGGGCAAAUGACCAGGAUCGAACUCCAUCGCACGCGUUCGUACGAGUGCGGGUUGUUUCCCUCCGCAAUCUCAGAUUGCCUGUCCGCCAACUAUCAGUAGGCGAUGUUGGCACAAUCGGUGUGGAAGCAUUUGGCCAUGGAAGCUUGACUCGGGCUCGCAAAGGCAUGGUAUUGAGCUCGGAAGAUCUUUCUGCCAACGUCAGACAGGGCUUUGUGGCUUCGUUUCCCGCGAAUGACUUCUUGGUCGCAUCGCCUCCACUGAUACUCGGUGGCCAUGCAACAGUCUACUUCAAUAGCGCUCGCGCUGCAAUCAAGGUUGUAGCGCUAGAGCUUGUCGAGGACAGCGAAAAUCAAGGGGCUUCGCUUGCAGAAGUCUUUGCAUUCGAUGGUGAUCAGGAUCGAGAGGAAGACGUCGGCCAGCGUUCUGUCAACAUCACCGUGCGCUUCGCUAAUACCGUCGAGUGCGUUCGUGAGGGUGACCAGGUUCUGGUGGUCCCCACAUUUAGUGCCGCGGGGCCUGUGACUGGGCCUGUCUCGUCUACAGGAAGCAUGACUGGAUUCGUGGGGACCAUCGUUGGGACCGUGCCAUGA